GAUAACGCUACAACUACAACAUCAAUGAAUACAACAAGCAGCGCUCCUCCUCCAUCUUCAGUUAUUCAAGGAUUAUUAGAUCAAAUGCAUGACAUGGGUCUUGUUGAUGAUGGGAAAAAUUUAGAAGCAUUAGAAGCGUCAAACUGGAGUCUUCAAUCAGCUAUCGAUAUCUUACUUAAUGAUAUAUAA